AUUAAAAAAAAUAACAGGGGCUGGCAUUGUGGCACAGCAGUUUAGGCAGCUGCCUACAAUGCUGGUUAUGCUGGUUUCAGUCCCCGCUGUUCCACUUUCAAUUCAGCUCACUGCUAGUGUGCCUGGGAAAGCAGCAGAAGAUGGCCCAAGUCCUUGGGUACCUGUACCCAUGAGGGAGACCUGGAUGGAGUCCCAGGCUCCUGGCUUCAGCCUGACCCAGCUCCAGCUGUUGAGGCCAUUUGGGGAGUGAAUCAGCAGAUGGAGGAUCUCUCUCUAUCUCCCUCUCUCUGCAACUUUGAUUUUCAAAUAAAUAAAUGAAUGAAUAAAUAAAUAAAUAAGAAUUCAUCGGCGAGCAGUGGUGAGGAAGGAUGGCGCGGCAGUGGUAGCGACCCUUCUUCCAGGCCGAGAAGUCAGCGGUCAGCGAGGAAGCAGAGGAAGGCAUGUCAACUGGGGCGAGUAAGAAGCAUGAAAAAGAUAUUGCCAUCACUCAAGUUGCUCCAUAACAGCCAAUUAAUAAAUAUGGGUUAAACGCUGAUCGCGGAUUGGACACCGGUAACAAACGUAUCUAAAGAUGAAAAGCAACACAUAAAGCCGCUUGCUGAGUUAAAACGAGCUCUGCAGGACAAACUGGACGAAGAGACGAAGAAAAAUGGUGAUGUAGGAGACAAGAUAACUCAACCUCAGAAACCCUUUUUUGAAAUAAGAAACAUAUUUCAUGCUUAUGACAACGCAGUGGUGACUACCAUUGGAGACUCUAAAGCCAGUCAAUUAAAAAUGGAUAUUCAGAGUCAUAUGCCACAGCAAAAGGAAGGCAUGUCAACUGGAGCGAGUAAGAAGCAUGAAAAAGGGGGGCGCGCGGGCUAGGGCGCCGCCCUGUUGCUCUUCUGCCCCGGCUGUGGGAACGGGCUGAUCAUGGAGGAGGGGCAGCGCUGCCACCGCUUCGCCUGCAACACCUGCCCCUACGUGCACAACAUCACCCGCAAGGUCAUAAACCGGAAGUAUCCGAAGCUGAAAGAAGUAGACAACGUGCUUGGGGGAGCGGCCGCCUGGGAGAAUGUUGACUCCACUGCAGAGCCGUGUCCCAAGUGCGAACAUCCUCGUGCUUACUUCAUGCAGCUUCAGACGCGCUCUGCGGACAAGCCCAUGACCACCUUCUACAAGUGCUGCAGCCCCCAGUGCGGGCACCGCUGGAGGGACUAGGGCUGCGCUGGCCCAGCUGUGCCGGUCCCCAGGGUGGACUCCUGGCAAGGAGUGUGAGCUGUGUCCUAGGGUCUUCGAUGGUGUGGC